GCAUGUGAUUCAAAGGUCGAAGUUGAACACAAUACAAGAGGCAUUGUGGUGCCUUCACGGGUCCUCGUAAACUCCUAUAUUCCGCGAAUUAAUCGCAUCUACACAUCGGAAAUAUCUCAGUUAUGACCUUGUUUGCUCUUGCUGUACCUCGGUGAGAGAAAUUAAAAGCUAGCACGUUUCCUGUGUCUGUUAAUUUGACGUCAGAAAUCAAGCAACACUGACCUUGAGUACACUAAAAGGAAGAUUAAUGGCGAGAACGUAGUGGCAGUGUUGUUAAAUGUAGUGUCUUAGCGGAUAUAAUGAGCACAAAAUAACAGGGCUUCUAUUGUGCAAUCUAUAACUACAUGUAUUUUCAGUAAAUAUGAUAAGUGGCUUUUUUUUUAGAUUUAUUCGCUUGUGUCAAUAUGGUCUCUGUGAAAAUUCCGGAUAUGUCCGAGGUGCGUGAAGUCAUCUUACGUCACGCAAAUGGCGGACGUUGUAAACAGAGCCAGCAGCUUCUCAGAGGCCGAAGUGAAACAGCUUUUAAGAUGAAUAACGUAGAGAUAGAGCGGUUAGACAGUCUGGAGGGCUGGGUGGCGGUUAAAAGCAACAUAUUUGAAGAACCGGAGACGUUUAAGCUCGGCUUUAUCGUACAGUGGAAUGUCAUAGAGUGUAAGUUCGCCGUCACUUGUCACAACCGGACGUUACAACGGCAGAAACGCAAAGCUGAAGUUGUCGUCGGCGGCGACUCUCAGAUGAGCUGGGCUGGACUCUUCUCCGUUAACGAUUUGAAACACAUCCAUCAGCAGUUCACAUGUGUGGCUGACGUGUUAGCGACCUGCUUCCCGGACUUGUCUGAGUUUGAGGACGGCAACAUUUGGGACUUGCUCUUCCUGAACCGCAGGUCAGGUCCCGGAGACGACGACGAGAGGGACUUUGACACGCCGUGUCGGAAACUGGAGAAAUACUUCAGCACAGCUAUCGACAUCUGCGGGCGGAAAAUCGUGCUCGACACGUUGUUCACGCAGGACGAGCGGGAUGUGGAGGAGUACUUUGAAAACCUGCAGGAGUUCAAGAGGAAGACGAUGCAGGAGGAGAUGUCGCGGGCCAAGGGUCACGUGCGACAGCUCCUGCAGAGUCAUGGCAGCACAGACCGAAUGGUGGCGCUGCUCGACAUCUAUGAUGAGGAGGACGAGGCCUACCAGGACCUGGUCACUGUGGCCACCACCUUCUUCCAGUAUCUGCUGCAGCCUUUCAGAGACAUGAGAGAGCUGGCCUGCCUCUACAAGAUGGAGAUCCUGAAGUCUUUGGAGUUUGAGGACUUGGGUCCUAAGAGAAUCGCAGCUCUGGAGAAGGAGGCGGAGGAGUGGAGAAUGAAAGCGGAAGACGCAGUCGCCUCAAUUCAAGACAUCACUGUCACCUACUUUGCACAGACUUCAAAGGCUCUGGCUGGUAUGUUAAAGCAGAUGGAGGAGGAUAAGUGUCGAUUCGGAGCGGCUGCCUGGGCGUCUGCAGCUCCCAGACUGGAGAAACUGCGCUUCCUGUUGGCCAAGGAAACUCUGCAGCAUAUGAGAGCUAUGGAGAUGUGCCUCAACCGCAAGAAAAACGGCAUCAGACAAAGGCUGAGCAGCCUGUCUGGCAGAGACAAGAGCCACAGAGCUGACUCCAGGUCUGCAUCUGAGGACACAGUGGACCAGCUGGAGAUACAGUUCUACGAAACCCAACUGGAGCUGUACGACACCAAGUUUGAGAUCCUGAAGAAUGAGGAGCAGCUGCUCGUGGCUCAGAUAGACACCGUGCGACGGCAGAUUAAAGAAUUGAAGGAGGAGGUGGUGUACUACGAUGUGUGUGAGGAUCCAGAGGAGCUGCAGAGUAUGGUCCAAACAAGUAUCCACCAAACACACUCUCCAGCUGUCACUCAGCUCAAAAGACGCCUACAAACCUUGGAGACCAAGAGAGGCAACAUCUGUGCCCGGCGAGCUUACCUCCGCAACAAAAAGGAUCAGUGCAUGGAUGCCAACGAGCAGAAGCAGCUGUCAGAAAAGCAGAGCUCCAUACAGUUCAGCCUGCAUCAUCAGGUCCACCUGAAACGAGAGAAGAGGAAGGAGGAGGAGCAGAGGAGGAAACAGUGGGUGGACGAGCAGCGAGAGAAGACUCUGAGCAGAUUACGCUCCUUCAGAGAGAAGCGACAGGGUCAGUACAUCCUGAAGACUCCUCAGUCCAGGAUGUCUCCUUCAGAAGUCUCGUGUCCCUCGCAGCCGCUGUCCAUCAUCAGCCUCGGCCCCCCUGAAGGACCCCCGUCCGUCCGCCCUGCACCCAGACGCAAUAAAACACCCAGGAAACAGCAGCCUAAAGACAUCCCUGUCCAAAUCUUCGCUGCUCCCGCUCCUCCUACAUCAACCUGCCCUACUGCACCUCCUCCCCCACCACCACCACCACCACCUCCACCUCCCCCACCACUGCCCCCUGCCAUACCUGCCCAAGCUUCGCCUGCCUCUGACGACACACCGAUGCCUCUCAGUGAAAAAGAGGAUCCUCCUUUUCCAGCCAAGAACAUGCUCAAACAAAAUAUAGGAACAAUGGAUGAAGUGUUGGCCUCACUGCAGCGUGGACAGAUUCAGCUUCGAAAGGUCCCCGUUCCCAGGACAGCGUCCCCUGCUGAGGACCCGAGGAGCAGUCUGAUGUCUGCCAUCCGACAGGGAGUCACCCUGAAAAAGAUGGUUCCUGUACGUGCAGAAGUCCCGAGCGGCGGAGACAAUGAGCUGGAGCGCAGCAUCAAGGCCGCCAUGAUGAGGAUGAAGAAGGUGGCAGCAGACUCUGAUGAGGAGGACAGAGGAGACGAUGAGACACGCAGCGCAGACUGGGACAGCUGAGCACGCGCACACACACACACACACACACACACACACACACACGUACACACACACACACCAAGGAAGCUGUCUUACAUUACCCACACUCUGUUUUCUUCACGGUUCUGAGCUACAGCUUAAGUUGCUGCCAAAUUUUCACCAAAAAGCUUCCUCUUAGACAUGGAUGGGAUUACGCCUCUACUGACUCAAACGCAGCAGUUUGCAAAAUAGCCCUGAGAUGUUGUAAUACACUGAGAACGGCUCAAAUCCAACCACCCAGCUAGUGGCAGAAUCAGGAGUUAGUCUCCUCUAAAGCAGCAGAAAUCCCAAACUGAGCGAAUGAGGUGCUCAUUAAGAAGAAAAGUCAGGCAGUAGUGCUGUAGUACAGUGUGUAAAUGAUUGAAUUUCUCCCAGCUCGCCGUCUAAAGGCCUUUUGUGAGACUGUCACACAGCAGGGGAAGUCUGUGCUGCAGGCAGAGACGACACUACACAACUCCACUGUCAUAAACGCUCAUUUUCCCUCAUUACUGAGUCUGAAAUCAGUAAUGACUUCUCGUAUUUUGAAUGUAAUUAAAUUUGUUUUUUUUUUUCUUUCCCCAAAAAGGGCUACAGCGUCUGAGCUUCGUGGGUUUUGCAUUUUCUUAUUGAACAAAUGAAGAGUUAUGUCCUGAAGUGCAGCAGCGUUAUUAGCAGCCUACAUGUGUAAAGUCUGCGUCAUUGUUUGUAUUACAGGCUGUUUGAAGCACUGCACUGAAAGGUGUGAAUGUGUCGGACUUAAAGGUCCAGUGUGGAGGAUUUAAGGGGAUAUAUUGGCAGAAAUGGAAUAUAAUAUAACAAGAAUGUUUUCAUUAGUUUGUAAUCAGCUGAAAAUAACACUUGCUGUGUUUUCAUACCUUAGAAUGAGCCAUCUCUAAGUGCUGUUUCGUAGGCAACUGGACUCGAGUUUCUUAAAGACAUUUCACCUCUCAUCCAAGAUGCUUCUUUCGUUCUAACAGACUGGUGCAGAGUCGCAGGGUUUAAACUCUGUGUUGGUGUGAACCCUUACAGAGUCGUUGAGGUCACAUGUGAGUCGUUGACCCACCCGGUCAUCAUGUGUGUCAUUAGGGUUAGAUGGGCGCAGGUGUAAGUGGGUGUUUAUCCAUCUAGGGAGGGAGCUCAAGACUGCGUUGUAAAUGGGUGAUAAGUGGUGUCGUAGGCCACCUCGUCUGUUUAACGAGGGUCGUUCCAGUUUGAUGUAGUUGGCCUCUUGAAGGCUUCGUUCAAACCAUCUGUCUUCGCUGGCCAAGAUGUGUACAUUGCUGUCUCUGAUGAGAGGUGAAACGUCUCCAAAAAACUCAAGCAAGUCCAGUUGCCUAUGAUGUAGCAUUUAAGAUUAUCAUGACCUGGAUAACUGAGAAUCUUCACUGAUACUUUGAAUGAGCCGUUAAUAUUUAUGUAGGGAGCAAGUUCUUGUCCAAGGAGUUCGACAUGUUGCACCACCAUGUUUCUACAGUAGCUCAGAAUGGACAAACCAAACACUGGCUCUAAUUAGGGACAUUGGCAUUUUUGCGUCAGCUACUGUAGUUCGCAGCAUCUUAGCGAUGAUUUUGUAUUCGAAACUCCUAUUUUCAGUGUUUAAAUCAUUAGGUUUGUGUUUUGGAGAGGAACAGACCUCUGCAUAUAAUUUAGCUCCUGGCAUAACCCUCCUGAAUGUCUGAUUUUAAGUUAUCAGAGAAGAAAGGUGACCACCAAAUACCAAGGCUAAUGGUCUGUCUCCAACAAGCCAAACAGCAUUGCAGAAAGAAAGAUUCGUACCAUGAAACUGCUUUAUUCAGUGUUUCUACUGGUUUUAUUCACCUAGUCUGUUUGUUUUGGAGAGGAAGAGACCUCUGCGGAUAAUCUGGCUCCUGGUAAAAACCUCCUCAACAAUGAACACUGAAGAAACUCUAACCUGUAGAAGUUUCAUCUGGUUGCAAUCUGCAGUCGUCACUGCCAGAUGCCACUAAAUCCUCCUUAAUCUUACACACUGUUCCUUUAACUUGGGUGCAAUUCAUACAUGAUCUGUUAUUUCUUCCUCUGUGAUGCCGUAACAAAUUAAGUGACACAUAAAGACACCUUAUUCAUUUAUUUAAAUAACCAAAAUGUCCUUUUAAUCAUGGAGUUCCUUUUCAGUGUACACAGUGUGUCUGUAAUUGUUGCUGAAUCCUCUGAAAGUUUGUAGGCUGGUUGUUGAUGUUUAGUACUUAUGACCUUUGAACCUGUGACACAGAGCACUUACCUGAAAAGACAAUGACAAUGUAUUAUGUACAAACAAUACGAUACUGUAUGGCGAGCAGCAUUAAAUGAUUUGCAGAUGAGAUGAUUAAGACUGCAAAGAUAUGAGGCUUGUUCCGGUGUGUGUCAGAUGAGCUGAUGACAGCUGUGGCUGAAACGCACUUGUACUGCUGUGUUUUAAUAAUAAAUGAAGAUAUGUUAGAUCAUUAA